GCAGCGUUUUCUGAACGGAAGUGACGAAAGAGUCCCUGACGUGGCCGGAACACCGCCAUCUUGAGGAAGGAGACGCCUCGGAGUUGGAGGAACAAACUGAAGACUCGGCGUGUCCACGACGUCUGUGAAAAAUGGGCAACAUCUUCGCCAACCUGUUCAAGGCCUUCGGGAAGAAGGAGAUGAGGAUCCUGAUGGUGGGACUGGAUGCUGCCGGGAAGACCACCAUCCUGUACAAGCUGAAGCUCGGAGAGAUCGUCACCACCAUUCCCACCAUCGGCUUUAACGUUGAAACCGUAGAGUACAAGAACAUCAGCUUCACCGUGUGGGACGUCGGCGGCCAGGACAAGAUUCGACCGUUGUGGCGUCAUUAUUUCCAGAACACGCAGGGUCUGAUCUUCGUGGUGGACAGUAACGACAGAGAGCGAGUGAACGAGGCGCGGGAGGAGCUGAUGAGGAUGCUGGCGGAGGACGAGCUGAGAGAAGCUGUGCUGCUGGUGUUCGCCAACAAACAGGAUCUGCCGAACGCCAUGAACGCUGCGGAGAUCACGGACAAGCUGGGGCUGCACUCCCUCCGCCACAGGAACUGGUACAUCCAGGCCACCUGCGCCACCUCCGGGGACGGCCUGUACGAGGGACUGGACUGGCUCUCCAACCAGCUCAAAAACCAGAAAUGAUCUCCACCUCGCCGCCACACUCCUCCUCCUCCUCCUCCUCCUCCCCUUCUUCCUCUUCUGGGGUUAUCCCCUCUUUCCUUUUAGACCACGUCCUCCAACAGGCUUUACUUCUCAUCUCGCAGAAACCUCGUGUUUCUUUGUUUUUCUUUUAAAGAGGAAAAGUGCUGGAAGCUGCUCUCCCGCUCAUACCUGGUUACAGUAAAGUAAGAGCCCCUCGCUCUCAUAUUUAAUGUAAAUAGUUAUGUUUUUGUUGUGAGGCAGCUUUUGGAGCACUCUUAUGCAAUAUAUAUAUUGUUAUUAUUAUUGUUGUUGUAAUCAGCUUUUCCUUUUCUUCCUCUUUCGUGUUUUAUUUAAUCAUUCGAGUCAGAGGUAGGUGAAUCGUAGGGUUAAGGGCUUUUUUUUUGGGUGGGGGGGGGUUCGGUGGGGGUCUGGGGGGGUCACUUCCAAUAGCUUUCGUCUCUGGGUCGCUGUCUGCGCAUCGCGAGUUAAACGUUAAACGUACUGUACAAAGAGGUUUCGUCGGUCUCAAGAUAAACUCAACAAGUCCAGACAGCGCGGGCACACGCGCACACACACUACCUAGAACGUUUAGGGGUUCUGCUUAGAACGGGGGAACCACUAAUUAGUGCUACACACAAACUCAGCAUGGCCUAGCUUUACUAGAAAGGUUCAGUCAGUAUCAGCAAUGCUGAGGCCGCUAACGGCGAACAACAUCAAUCAGAUGGUAGCACGCUAAUUGGCGCCUGCUGGCUUGUUAGCAUCGUUAGCAUGUGCGACGGAACAACGUUCCGUCAAGAAACCUGAUGGAGCCGUUCAUUCUGUGCCAUUACUGCAGUAAAGCCACGCACAGGGAACUGGAAUGAGCCUCCCAGCAUAGAUUAAAGCGGUAGUUCACAAGUUCACCCGGUUUCCUCCCUUUCGAUGUGGUCGAUCAGCUACGAGGCUGCUGUAGCUAAUGUACUGAAAAGCUCGUUAGCUUAUUAGCAUGUUAGCUGAUUAGCAUGAUGCUAACUGCAUGCCUAAACUGUCAAAGCAUGUGAACAGUUCUCUCAAAUCUCUAUUCGGCUUGCUUACGUGGUUUUUAAGACACUGUUAUCUGUAAAUAUGGGCAAAAGCGAGACGUCAUGCGCAGAUCUGAUGCAUAAACUUUUAUAAGACGCAGAUAUUGGAGGCGCAUAAACUUACAGAGUAAUACGUUUAUUUUUAUAAGAUUAUAAACGCAAUAAAGUGCAGAUAUAGUAGCGCAGUAACCCAGCAUCGCCUAAACAUCCUCCUACAGUAAAUACAUCAUAAAAUAUCAAAUAUGUGAAAUAUAAAUUACCCAGUGUCACCUAAACGUUGUGCUAAAUACAUAAAUACAUCAUAAAAUUGUCAGAUAUAUAAAAUACAAAUUACCCAGUGUCGCCUAACGUUCUCCUACAGUAAAUACAUCACAGAUGAUCUAAUCUGUUAAAUAUGAAUAUUGGCUAAUUUUAAGAUUCCCAUAAAAAGCUUUUAAGAACGAUCUGCUGAUUCUGAGCUGAACCCGAGGCUGAUCGGCUGCGUUUGGGGUGAAUUUGUCUCAGUUCUGUCGCUUUAACAGCUUUUCUUUUCGCUUUAGCGUGUG